AUGCACCCCUUUGAACAGCACCAUCAGACAACGACUUCCGAUCCGAACGAUCUCCGUCGUGUAACGUCAGCCACAACCACUGUCGGUGGAAGUAGCAGUAGCCAUGCAGGUGGUCGUACAGAAGAUACAUCUCAGCAGGGAAUUGCAUUUGCGGGCAAUGUCGAACAACAACGAGAAGUUGCCCGUAAAAGGCUCGAGCAAGACCGUCGCUUUGAAGAACUGAUGGCCAAGAUUUCGCGCGAGCAUGAUAUUCCGCUUACAGAUACGUUACUGGAUUCCGACGACGAAGACGACGAGGAGUUGUUCCAAGAAAUCAUGCGACAGCCAAUCGACAAGAGCCAGUUGACCCGCCAGCAACGAUAUCGUAUUGGAGGCAUCGAGUACCGUGCCUUGGACAUGCUGUCGUACAUUGUGCCCCUCUAUUAUGUCGGCUCCAUUGUCGUUGCGUCCUUUGCCUAUCGCAUCCAUGUGGCUGUCAAUGGUUAUACCCAGGGCGUGCUGGAAACGUCCAACCCCAAUGGGCCAACGAAUGCUUGGAUAUUUUCCUUCUUCAUGGGCAUGUCAGGCAUGAACAACCUGGGCAUGAGUCCCUUGGAUGCCAGCAUGGUGCCGUUUCAGAACACCCCAUUUCCUUUGAUUUGCACCAUGAUUCAAAUACUGGCGGGUAAUACGGCCUACGCAAUUCUUUUACGCUUCAUUAUUUGGGUCUUGUGGAAGACCACGCCUCAGCGAUACGCCAUGCGUCGCGAGACAUUCCGUUUUCUGCUGGAUCACCCCCGUCGUUGCUAUACCACGUUGUUCCCCUCAACUCAGACCUGGUGGCUGCUGAUCAUCUUGGUCGUCAUCACAGUGGUCGAGCUCGUAUGCUUCUUGGCGCUGAAUUACUGGCUGCCUGUCCUUGAAGGGUUGCCAUGGGGUUCCCGGUUCCUAGACGGUCUUUUCCAAUCGAUUGCUACGCGAAAUGGUAAGCUCUUUAGUUUAUUUUUUGUUUAUCCAGUUGCUAUUUCAAUGCGCAACAGUAACGUGUAUCAGGAACGAGCACUCGGAAUCUUUCGAGGAGACGACGAUGAGGAGGGGCCUGUCAAGUUCAGCGAGAGUGACCUCCGAGGUCCAGCCCCUUUUAUCAAACUUCGACGGCACCCAACCAUCAACAGCGUCAUGACCACUUCUCGUAAAGUUUUGCGCGGUCCAGACUUUUAUGUCGUGAAUCUGAUUCAGCGCCAGUUGACCAGCGAUAUCUGCUGGGUCAUUUCCGGAAUCUUUGCUAUUGCUGUGAUUGAGUCCCAAAGCAUCAUGUCGCCCUCGCCUACCACGAUGAUGACGGUUAUUUACGAGUGUGUAUCGGCAUUCGGUAAUGUCGGCGCAUCGACUGGAUACCCCAACACCGCUACAUCGCAAGGUGCCCAAUACCAUACUCUCGGCAAGCUUGUGCUGAUUCUCUUAAUGUAUCGUGGACGUCAUCGAGGUCUUCCGUUGGCCAUUGAUCGUGCUGUAUUGCUGCCAUCCGAACAGCUUGAGCAGCGUGAGGUUGAAGACAAUAUCUUGAAACGUAGAAACACAUCCAUGACGACUCAAAGUGCUUCCAAUGUCUUGUUUUACACUCGUUCUAGUACUCUCUAA